UUUUUUAAUCUCAAAAUUCCAUGAGUUCCUUUGCCCCCAACAUCUCGACAAAAGGGUUUUCCGAUCUAUACCAAAAGACCACAGGGAUUGAUCUAUGGAAUUCCUUUUUCAGCAGUCUUCUCUUUUGUCGAACGCUUGAAGUAACUCAAAGAAAAACAUCUACAGUUUUCUCUUCAGCAAUGGAGAUUGGGAUCGGUCGGAUCGGUUCCUGCUCUAAAGAACACCAGAAAAUUUAUCAAGAGUGGUUCAACUUUGCUGAUUCAGAUAAUGAUGGACGCAUUACUGGAAAUGAUGCAAUCAAAUUUUUUGGUAUGUCAAAUUUACCGAGACCAGAUCUCAAGCAGGUGUGGGCAACUGCUGAUUCUAAGAGACAGGGAUUUCUUGGUUUCAAAGAAUUUGUUUUUGCUAUGCAGCUGGUUUCGCUGGCGCAAGAAGGUCAUCAAAUAUCACAUGAUUUCCUGAAUGUAGACUUUGAGAAUAUUAGACCUCCUGUAAUGGAAGGCUUAGAUACAUUAAUCAUGAGAAAGAAACAAUCUUCAAAGUCAAGUAGCCUUGAAAGCAAUGGUAUGACUUUCUUGUUGUAACCUUUGAUGAUUAGUUCUUCAAAUCAAACAUCACCUGCAUCUCAAUGGUUUUCUUCAAAAUCAUCAAAGAAGAUAUCUUUGUCCUCUGUGACUUCAAUUAUAGGCGGCUUAAAGAGAUUGUACCUUCAGAAGUUGAAGCCUUUAGAAGUUACAUAUCAUUUUAAUGAUUUUGUAUCCCCAUUGUUGCUGGUGUUCCAUGCACCACAGUUCCUUUUGAAGAAUGAAAAUUGAAGCUUUUUCUUUCCAUGUUCUCAGAUCAUGGAAAAUUCUUUAUACAUUAUCAUCACUGAUGGUAGUACCUCUGGAAAAUUCUUCUGUUCACAUAUCAUGAAGAACAAUAUUUCCCAUGGGGACAUAGAAGAAGUUUAAUCAAUUUGCUUGCAAAAACUCUUCAAGGUCUAUCUCUUUCAUCUUCUUAAUUAAUUGUUAAUCUUCCCAAUGGCCACCUACCAAAGAAAACGACGUUUUGCCAAUCAAACUAGGAGGAACUGAGGUAUCAACUAUUUGCAGUUGUGAAACAUUCAGAUUCAGACCUACUUCUGGACACUAUGUUUGCUACAUUCGAUCCUCUCCUAAUAUGUGGCAUAAGAUGAAUGAUUCAAGGGUUACUUGUGUUGAAGAAGUUGUGCUGUCCCAAGAAGCCUACAUUUUGCUCUAUGCUAAACAGGGUAUACCUUGGUUUUCAACUGCAAUUGAAGUGCAAAAGCCUUGUGCAGACCCUGGAAUUUCUGAUUCUUCACCGAAGUCCUAGAUGACAUAGACUUUGCCUCCAAUCUUGAGAUAGAAAAGAGUGUCAAUUGCAGCACCAAUGAAACUAAAGAUGUUGCUGAUAGAGCUUCAACUCAAUUCUCUUGUGAUGUGUAUAGUCAUAGGCAGAUUCAAGUAGUUAGUUUGUUUCUCAUAUGUAUUAUUUAUUUUAGUUUUGAUUUUAAAUUUUUAUUUUAAUAUUUACGACAACUUGAGUUCUAAA